AGGGGGAGGUGUGCCCGAUAAGUGGGCUGAUGCGGAAGUUCAAAAGAAGAUAUAUGGAUUUGAUUGCAUGAAGGUUGCGGAAGAGGAGUUUGAGAAACUAUUCCAGGCAUUCGAAGCUCACGUGUAGGCUCGGCUCAAUUCAUUCUUGCGGUCUAUUUAAACAUUUCUACGACGGUCAACCAAGGUUCACCAAAACCGAAUCUACCAUGGAUGCAGUAUUCUGGCCUCUACCAUGGAUCAACUACCCUGGUCGCAACCACGAAAGCUCGAAUACACAUCUCCUCCCUUUAAUAUCAUGUCUCACAACAUAUUUUCAGUGUGCCAUAUUCAUCCUCCAUAAUGAGGCGUUCUAUGAAACAAUCCCAGCAACCUCCCACUCUCCCGACCAGCCUAGUCCUCAAUUGGCUCGACAUUGCCAUCACAUUUCUCCUCCCAAUUGCUUUCAGUACCCUCGAGACUUACAUCAUCGGGCCCCUUAGCAGCAACCAUUGGGCCCUCCAUCCGCUCUCCAUCUUCAUCCACCUCUUCAUCAUCUCGCUGGGCCUGCUGCCCUUCCUCCUAACCCGCCACCUAUCCCACAAAACAGCCGCCCGCUGCCUCUUCGCCAGCCUCGUCCUGCGCCUCAUCUGGGCCACCAGUGGCUUCGUCUGCGUAGACGCAAACAUAGCAGCCGACCUCGCAAACCCUCUACACUACUACUUCGGUGCCAUAACCCCCAACGACCCCGAUGAACAGCAUAACUACAGCCUUUGGAACCACUACAUCGGCACAGCCUCAGGCAACGCCAGCCUCUUCCUCCUCCUCAACGGCCAACUAUUCGCCUACUUCUGGAUGCUAUGGGAGCGCGACCACACCCCCUACAAAUCCUACUUCCACCUCAAAAUCGCCCCCUUCCGCUCCCGCUACACCCUCUCCUCCUACUCCGCCGCACGCCGCGCCCUCUUCGCCUCACCAACAACUUACCUCCUCUUCUUCCUGCUCCUCGGCCGCGCCCUCCGCGCCAGCUCCUCGCUCGGCGACUUCGGCACCCUCGCGCUGGGCAUCGUGACCGUGCUCGAGAAGCUGAUCGCGGGCGGCGGCGCGGACGCGAGGGCGUGGACGGUGCCCAGCCUGGCCCUCGUCGUCUGCGCGCUGCAGUUGUGGCUCCCGCAUUUCGCAGCCGGGUGGGACGGGCUGGUGUGCUCGAUCUACAGACAUGAGAACCUGCCGCACCGCUGGUUCUGCCACUGCGGGUAUGAGAUCGUCGCACGGAAAGCGGCGAUCGAGAGGGUUGUGGACGAGGCGACGGAGGAGGACGUAGGCGCGGUGGUGAGGGCGCUGGGGCUGGAGACGGUGGCGCUGCCGACGGGGAAGGAGGGUUGGGGGACGAGGGCUGCUGAGAUAUACUCAUGA